AUGGGACCAAUGAAGAGACAUAUUGCCCCGUUAAAGAUCGACAAAGCAAUCUCGAAUCAUUCCGUGACGACUUCGGGGACUGGACACUCUUCCAGCAACCGUUGCUAUUCCACGCAGCAUAACCUGCAAAUGUCACCACCAUUGACACCAUAUAGCGCAACCUCAAAUCAAGACGACAGUAUGGAGCGAUCAGACCAACCUCGGGCGGUCUUCCAUAACUAUCUCCGUGCAUUCUAUCCAUUCCAUCAACCCGGAGAUGUAUCGCCGGCAACCAUUACUCUCCCGCUGGAACAAGGCGACAUCAUUCUAGUGCACUCCGUACACACCAAUGGUUGGGCAGAUGGGACUCUCCUCGAUACCGGAGCGCGAGGCUGGCUCCCAACCAACUACUGUGAAGCCUAUGACCAGCUUCCGAUGCGCCCACUCCUGAAAGCCCUCACAGACUUCUGGGAUAUCAUUCGCGGCGGAUGCGGGUCUUCCCUGCGUGACUUCGUGAAUCAAGAUCUGCUUAAGGGCCUCAUCGCCGGAGUUCGUAUCCUACUGGUGAGUACAUCAAAUAGACCGAACAAUAUCAAAGGGAACAAUGCCAUUAACAUAGAGCAGGAUAAAUCAGAAUGCCUCACUCGGGAUUCAUACCUCCUAAAGAGGCACGACAGUCUGCGCAGAAACCGUAAAACAUUGCUCUCAGACCUCGCUGCCCUUGUCCGCAUCACAAAAGAUUUCCAGGUUAUUGCCAGCGGCAACCCGCUCGAGGACGAAGUCGAGUAUAUGCUUGAUGAAAUGCUCCUCAAGGCAUUCCGCCUGGUGACUCGUGGUGUGCGGUUCCUUGAUAUCUGGACCGAGGAAGUUGGGUUGAGUCGGACAAUCGCGGAGUUGGAGCAACCAAAGGCCUAUGAAGGUCCGCUAACACCGGCAUCUGAGACGUUCACCUUGUCGGAUGUGGCCCGCUCAGAGGCCGACAUCGAGAGGAACGAAUCCCGCCUCCUCAACCGUGGUCGUCUGUCUAUGAGUCGUGCAUCAAACCGAAUGGAUGUGCUUGAGCAGUCGCGACCGGUUUCAGUGACCACCAAGCGGAUAUCCAUCUCCCACCGGGUGUCCUACUCCGGACCUGCUGCAGCCGCCCGAAACCCAAACCUCGCAUCGGAACGACUCAACGCCACGUACGACGCCUUUCUCGGCGUUUUGGGGUCGUUCAUUGGCCUCCACCUGCAAUCUCGCUCCUCAACGGAGCUGGUCGUCACGACCGAGCAAGCUGUUCGCUCCUGCCGUGGAUUACUCACCGUGGUCGAGGCUGUCUGCGAGCAUGACCCCCGGGGCAGCGAGCUCCUCGACCCCGCCAAGGAUAGCAUGUAUGAGCGUUUGUCCGAGCUGGUUUUCGCCGCUCGCGACGCCUUCCGUCCUGCGCAGUCUCCGGACGACGAGCUGGUUUUCAUGCCUGAUGAGGGGAAGCGACUGGUCGAUGCUGCCACUGACUGCGUUCGAGCGGCGGGAAAUUGUCUGUCCAAAGCUCGCCUGGUGCUUGAGCAAACGGGGGAUUUGGAACUGGAGGCCCUGCCGCAGGAGGUGACACCGACCGACUGUGCGCGGCCUGGUUCGCAAUCGGAGCAGCAGGUUGGCGACCAGACUGGAGCGUCCCUGCGACUGCCCCCCCCUCCUCUGCAGAUCCCGCAACACAAUGAUAUGCACGUUCCCCCACCGACUCCAGGUCUUACUGAGGAUACUACCCCAUCAUCUUGCAAUUCUCGCACUAUGGACAGCCCAGCAAAUGCUGCCGCCGACCUCCCAUCUUUCUCUUCCACCACCACUCUCGCCACUAGUCCCGUCAAGACUUCUUUCUGCUCGUCCACCAAUUCUGGGGCCUGUGGAUCGAGUAUGCUUCUCGACCGAACUAGCCACGCCAAGUUUGAGGUCGAUGAAUCCUUUGGUCGUGGGGUGACCAGCACUGGCAGCAGCUUCACCUAUCACAGCCACCUCCGCGACUCUGAGAUGAGUGGUGUGUCCCAGACCUCGACCCGCGCCACAUCCCCCGAUAUUGGCAGCAACUACCAGGCACCGUCUCUCAAGGGAAGCACCAGCCACUCGACCCUGGCCGAGGAGGCUGACGAGACAGAAGUCAACAUUCUGGAGAAGACCUAUGCACACGAGCUGAUCUUCAAGGAUGGCCAGAUCAUGGGCGGUAGCCUACGCGCCCUGAUCGAGAAGCUCACCGCGAAUGGCUCGACGCCCGAUGCAAUGUUCGUGUCGGCCUUUUACCUUACCUUCCGUCUGUUUGCAACCCCGCUGGAAUUCGCGGAGAGUCUUGUCGAACGGUUCGAUUAUAUCGGUGAUACACCUUACGCAGCAGGACCGGUGCGCCUCCGCGUGUACAAUGUGUUCAAGGGGUGGCUCGAAUCCCACUGGCGUCACGAUUGUGAUACAAGUGCACUGGAGUUCAUCGUGACCUUCGCCAAAACCGCGCUGAUGCAGUCUCUCCCGUCGGCUGGCAAGCGUCUUCUCGAGCUCACCGACAAGGUGUCAGCGCUUCAGGGACCCGUUGUGCCUCGUCUGGUCUCAUCGAUGGGCAAGACCAACACCGCGACCGCACAGUAUGUGCAUCCCGAUACUCCUCUCCCGCCUCCUAUCCUUGGCAAGAAGGAGGUCAACCUACUCAAGCAGUGGAAAAAUGGCGACGGGGCUCUGAGUAUUCUGGAUUUCGACCCCAUGGAACUGGCCCGCCAGCUGACCAUCAAGGAGUCGAGAAUCUUCUGCACCAUCCUCCCCGAAGAGCUGUUGGCCACCGAGUGGAUGAAGAAGACCGCCUCGCUGGCGGUCAACGUCCGUGCUAUGUCGACUCUUUCCACCGACCUGGCGCAUCUGGUGGCGGACUCCAUCCUGCAGCUGGAAGAGCCAAAGAAGCGGGCAGCAAUCAUCAAGCACUGGGUUAAGAUCGCCAACAAGUGCUUGGAACUCAACAACUAUGACUCGCUUAUGGCGAUUAUUUGCUCGUUGAACUCGUCGAUGAUCUCGCGUCUUCGACGGACGUGGGAGGUGGUGUCGCAUAAGACUAAGACGACGCUCGAGAUGCUGCGGGGGAUUGUGGACGUCUCCCGCAACUACGCCGUCCUUCGUCAGCGACUUCAGGGACAUGUCCCGCCAUGUCUGCCGUUUGUGGGCACCUACCUCACCGACCUCACCUUCGUGGACCAUGGCAACCAGGCCCUGCGCAGCUUGCCCAUCGACGAUGGUGAGAUGGCGGUCAUCAAUUUCGACAAGCACAUGAAGACCGCUAAGAUCAUCAGUGAGCUUCAGCGGUUCCAAAUUCCUUAUCGCCUGACCGAAGUGCCCGAACUCCAAACCUGGAUGCAAAAUGAGCUGGUGCGGGUUCGGUCCAAUGGCGAGAAAAGUCUCCAGACCUUCUACCGUCGGUCUCUCGUCCUGGAGCCCCGCGAGACUCCCCAGCGGCCGACCCUGCAGGCCGAGGUUAGCAGCAGCUCCGCAUCCAUUCUGGAGAACGCCAAGGACAAAUUCGACCUCUUCUCCUGGACGUACCCUUCCAAGGCCAAGUCCGUUGCGACGCACGGCUGA